AAGUGAAUACUGUUGGUUCAGUUCGUGUGUGAAUAGAUGUGGAUUGUUUACUUUAGAAACAAUUUGUCCGUUUCAAAUUUUGACAGUUCUGAUUCGACAUUUGAAAAUUCUUGCUUUACUCAGAGGCCUGCACCAACAUAAGCAGAAGCUUUUGAAGCAGAACAUCUACGGACUCGAAGAAAGUGAAAAAGUUCUCCAUGUUUGAUUCGUUUUUCAUCUCUAGGUGUGUUUCAACGUAAAAAUCGAAAUUUUUCAUUCAAUUCGCUUAGAAAGAGGAGCUAAGUUGAGCUAAAAGAUGCGGAAUAAUUUUUGAACAGAGUUGUGCUGAAAAAUUCCGAUUUGCGCUACGAUAUUCCAAACACCUCAUCGAUCGGCACUGUGCUUUGGGGGUUGAACGAUUACUGAAAGAAUUUUAAUGGAUACUGUGGUUUAAGCUGCCAUAAGAAACAAUCUGGCCAAAACAAAUGGUUUAUUAAAUAGUGUCCUGAAAUGGAUGUAGAUUCGCCCAAUUCUCUCAAACGAUGUUCCAGCGCCCCUCACAUUAAUAACUUGUUACCCACGACGGUCGUUGGAGUGCACUCGUCAGUUGUGCCAAUGGACGUAGGACAAUCACAUCAGGAUACUCCUUCAGAAAUACCUGCAGUAGCUCAAACGCAGUCGACAGUGCGUCCAUCAAAUUCUGGAUUUAAUCAACAGCAGCAACAAUCACCACAGCAGCUACAUGCAAUGUCCUCUUCCAGUACUUCCAACUUACAAACUGCCGGUGUUUUGGCUCAUAGAGAUCCUCCACCAACAUCAUUUUCUAAUAUUUUUACGCCACGGGCUCGUCGAUUCUCGGCUAGCUUCAGCCCACUAGCAGUUAUCUCCAACGGCAGUUCCAGUCCUAGUCGAUCUGGCAGCUGCACUCCCGGCCCACGACUAACGCCACGGAUAUCUCAGUUACGCCAGGAGGAGUGCGCCGAUUUGAGUAAUAGUCGGGAGGUGAAUCACGAACGAGAAAUCCACUCGGCCAUGCAAAUGUCGCAGAGUUACGAAGAUCUUACGCUGGUCACCGAAAACUGGUCAUUUUCGUCCAGUACCAAAAACGAUGAUUUAGUCAAUCCACUGCAUGUAGCAUUGCCGUCUAUUGGAACAAAUUAUUGCUCUAGUCCUUCUCCUACCAGUCGCGGCGGUUUGGGAUUACAGUAUCCUACUACUUCGCCAUCGCCGACGCGGAAGUUCGUCACUCGACGUUCGAUGUCUCCAUGCCCUAUUCGGCCAAGUCCGCUGAGUUCUUCAGUGAAACGAAAGUUCGAUCUAGAUGAAAACUACGUAAGCAGCUACUCUCCACCACCCAUGAAGAAGAUCUUUACCUCAGACAGAGGUUCAUCUCCAGUGUGCCAAACUCCAUCACCCUCGCCAAUAUGCCCAAGCCCAGACUCAUCGACUGCCUCGUUCGAAAAUGGCAGCAAUAAUGUAUCAAACAGCGGUCGAAUAACUCCGAAAUUCUUUGUCACCAAACUUUCAACGUCUGCAGCUGGGAGCAGCUUGUUUGGUGGGGGUAGUAAUGGUGCUGCUGGCGGCACUGCCAUCGGAAUCAAUAAUGCCACCAGCUUGGCACUUCCACUACACACCGAUUCACCCCCACCUUCUUCGUCCUCAUCAUCUCCAAUGAUGAUGGACUGUGGCGUUAGUAGCAGCAGUGGGCACAAUCCGUUGGAAGCGGACAACAAACUGGGGCAACAAAACAUGACGGUCAGCAGUUCUGAGGGGACAAAAAUUGAUUGUGAUGAGGACAUCACUGACUUGAAUGCAGUAGCCAGUAGUACUAGCAUUAUGACUACGGAAUCCUCCGAGACAGUAAUGAGUGAAGCUUUGAAAGCUCCUCGUUCUCUGGAAAAUAGUAGCGAAUCGGAGUUGCUGGAUAGCAGUAGCAACAGGUUGAGCACUAGUAGUAACACUAGUAAUGAUAACAAUAGUAAAAGUAAUAGCUCUCUGUGUCCGUUGGCAUUCGGUUCAUCUACCAGUAACGGAAGUGGAGCAUUUCUGACAAACAAUGUUGAAAUAGCGGAGACUUGAGGCAAAACACGUCACGAUUGUACGUUGAAGUAGGACAAACCAAUAAGAUACACAUACGCUAACACGCUUAGGAAAACAAAUGGAGACUUUGUUUUCCAAUACAUUUUCUUUAAUUGAUGUGUAGUAUAGUCAUAUUCUAGGCUUCUUUAAUUUUGAAUUAUAACAAAACAACUGUCUAGAGACUGUUUCCGAGAAGCGACAGCUAAGUGCGAAACAAAUCGCUUGGUAGACCGUUUAGGGAUGUAUUCGACGCAAUCAGAAUACAAGCUAAAUUCUUAGUUUUUUCGGAAAUCACCAGAAACACAGAAUUGAAUUAUAAUCAUUUCUGGAAUGUUACAACUUGUUACGUAUGAUAAUUCAUGCUGAAGGUUUAUAAUUUACGUUGCAUGAAGCCAAAUAUUUAACAUUUAAGUCGUUUUUGAACAUUUCUCCGUUGGAUAAUUUUUCUCUACUUUGGGCAUGUCUGCUUCCGAAUCGCAAAACCAUGUUCUAUAAAUUUGAUCGCCGUAAAGUUAUGAAAUGAAGUUUCGUUCGUAGAUUGUUAGAGAUUUGAACAUUACACAUAUACUACAAUGUUUGGUUUCAGAAAUUUUUUCCGAGGCGUGAAUUACUUUAGUUUGUUAAUUCCUUUUUGCGCAAACAACUUUAUACCAGAUAGAUUAGGGAUUCUGAGGUCGAGCGACACCAUCAGAAAAAACAAUCCAAUACCAAAUAACUAAUCUAGACGACAACUAGUAUCGAAAAAGCAAAUACAACACUGCGAUUUAAUACUUGAUAUUAUUACGGAUGAAAUCAAAAUGCAGAAAUCACUGAAUCAAUGGCUUAUUAGUAUCACUGGAAAAGCAAUAGCAAUAGUACGUUAAUGGAAAGUGAUAGACCGCUUCUUCGGUGUUUUGAUCAUUCGUAUUGAUCAUGGUAUUGUUUCUCCAAACCUAAAGCAAAUGUGUUCCACUUUUUUACCCUCCAUCUGAUUUGUUGUAUUUUUCUUAAAAAUGGAAAUUCUUUUUCACAGAAACUUUUGAAUAUAUCGUUCUUUCUUAUGAAACCAUGAAUUUAAUCCAAUCAAGUAUAUUAGGGUUAGUUAAAUAAAAAAGUGAUAAUAAAAUAUAGUACUGAACAAAA